UGGUUCUAUGUUUGUUUUAUAGUUACAUCUCCAUUUCAGUGCAGAAUAAGCUUAUACCGUGAUCCUUUUUUUUGCAUAGGGAGUCUACCCAGUGUACUCAGGCUUUCCAGCACAGUUUAAGCAGGUUCUACAUGUUGAAACUUCUACUCUGAGGAGUGCCCGGUCAGUUUGUAGUUGAUAGUAUAGAGAAACAGAUUUCUCUGCUGGCCAACUUGGUCUUCUCUUUUCAUUCAUAAAUGAAAAUAUCAAAGAUUUUGCAAUUGGAGCCUGGUUAAUAUUGUUGAUACAUGACCCAGAAUUUAAUCUAGAACCGAUUGUUUCUAGCUGCACUGUUUCUCUGCAAGAGAGACAGGAGGUCUGAAAGUGAGUAAACCCAUAUUUUUUCAGUUAGGACACCUGGCCGUGAAUGUGCACAGAGGCCUCAUCUUCUACUAAGAAAGUGAUUCACGUAUAGUCAAGUUUUGGAUCAUAAUCUCGCUUCAAGGCAGAGUUACCAAAAAGAUGCUUGCUCUAAUUUCACGUGGCUGUUUUCUCACAGUUGCUCUGCUGAGGUCUGUAAGGCUGUGAGCCGAACAGUGUGGCUGCUGGUUGUGUUCAAGAUGUCAACAUUACAAAUUCUAGUUAGUUUAAUUUGAACAGCAGCAAUGCAAGAAUAACAACAGAAAAGUAAUUUCCAGAAAGUGAGGUCAUGCUUUAUGAGAACCAGCUUUUUUUUUUGUUUUAAUAUUGAAUAGGAAACAGAAUCUCAAUCCAGAAGAUGGGCAAAGGAGUUUUAUCCAGCCUAGAGCAGAGAUGAGUAACAGGCCUUCACAAGACGCCUUUGAACCAUGUGCUGUGAGGAGUGGUUUGAGUGUGGAUACCGUAGUUAGUGUAAUAACACAGUUUUGCACAGGGGCUUUGAACAAUUGUAAACGUUACCCAGUCCGAGAUAACGCAUCCUUUGAUGAAUGAGGAUGAUGGCGAUGUUACCUGUGGGCAUGUCAUAAAGGAAUAAGUCUAUUUACUGGCUGAAAAAUUUCAUUUCAUCCGGUGUUAAUGCAGCUUCUGCAUUUGGACUGUGGACUUGGCAGCAACCUGAGCUGUGAUGGAUUCUUCACUUCCAGGGAAGAACAGGGUGGGGCAGGUUAAUGUUCAUGGGAUGUCAGGAUUGUGGGUUAGCAAAACAGGAAUAUUUGGAAGCUAGGAGUUUCUGGAGAGGAGGCUAAGCAGAGGUGAGGCUGUGGGAAUGUGUAGUAGGUAGAGAGAGUGGUGAAAAGUAUGUUGGGAGGAGGCAGAUGGCAAGAAAUACUGGGACUGUGGAGAUGAGGCCUGGAUUGGGCAAGUAGGAAUGUGAUGUGGAGUGAAGGGAGACCUUUGCUGAUCUGGGCUUCAAAAUGAUGGGUAGGAAGGGUUCCCAAUAUUGUACCACUAUCUCCAGAGCUUAACGACAUAACAAUACAAAUGCUGAACUUUGUUGUGCAGGCGCAGGGCUCUGGGAUAGCGUAUCUCCCGUUCCUGGAGGGUGUCAUGAUGCUGUAUGGAACUGUGGCAGAGAUCUAGGGACAGAUCCACCUAGUGCCCGACAUGCCCAGUAGUCCCCAAGGAGAAAGAAUUUUCUGUAACAGAUGGUGAGGAACAAUCCACUGACCAGGAGAUGUUUGUUGUGCUGGUUUUAAGAUGACUUUUUUUUAUCUUGAUCGGUUAGGGAUAGGAAGAGAGAACUCAAAUGUGCCCAUCGAGAGGUGGCAGUCUGUUCCCAACUGUCUUCUGCAAUGGGGCAUAAAAUCCCUCAGGGAGGAGAAGGCAGGAAUCUUUCACUCUCAUGUGUGACUGGUGGCUGUGAUUGUAGUGGAGAAUGUUUGGCAAAAUUGGAAGGUACUGUGUUGUUCCCACUUGGAAGCCACUAGAAGCUGGAAAAGCCAAAGUGAAGUCCAGCAUUCUUAACUUGACCUCAUUUACUUUUUUUCUUCUUAGGAACGUGCCACUGUCAUGUCCUUUUGACAUGACAAUGCCUGCCUGAUGCUUUGAUGGUAAAGCUGGUGGUUUAGUUCAACGUUCUAACUGUCCUUCAUGCAUACAACGCUACACUAAUUCAUAAGCUGGGAAAUCCAGCUUUGCUUAAUUGAACAAAUUAGACGCAGUAAAUAAUGUUUGUGAUUGCUUUUAACAGAGCACUGCAGUUCAGCCUUUAAAACCUGGCUCUGUCUGCUUCUCGCUGACAAUCUUAGGCUGCCAUUAGGGGUUUGUCUGUUUGCCCCCUCUGGGAGGAUUAUUGUAUGACAGUUUUGGUGAUAUCUCAGGAUUGGGUGUUUCUUGCUGUCAGUACCUUGUAAGAAUUAAUACCAAGAGUCUUGAAUGAAUGUAGUGCUGAUUUAUUCAUUCUGUUCAGUUAUCAGCAUCUCAAGAAAUGACUGUCUGCAGAGCCUCAGGUGAAACGUCUGCAGAGGCAUGAGCUUGCUUUUUGAAUGGUUUGCAAAUUUUGAUUUUGGGAGCUUUCAUCUCUUUGGAAAGUGCAUUUUCAAAGCCCAGAAGAAUUUGAUUACAGAGUGUGUCAAAUCUGAAAACACAAGAGAAAUUUUGCACCUUCUCUUUUGAGUUAAAAACCUCAGUUUCACCAGUUUCCUUGGUAAUGUCAGACUAGACGUAAAGGCUUGUUUUUCUCUUGGUUUUCUUCUUUUUUCUUGGUUUUCUCUUACAAGUCUUAUAAGCAGCAGCUGAGGGAACUUGGAGAAGAGGGAACUCUGGAGAAGAGGAGGCUGGGGGGAGACCUCCUAACUCUCUACAACUCCCUGAAAGCAGGUUGUGGUGAGCUGGAAUGGUUGUGAACUGAGUAAACAGACACGAAGCAAGACUGGGCUGGACCCUGGGUGGAUCUCAACCUUCAGAAGGAGCAACCUGGCUGUCUAACCUGCAAUGCUGAGAGCUGCGGGGAUUUAACACCACUGCAGAUGGCUGCCGGCAGCUUAGCACUUGGACUGUGGCUCCUGCUGCUUCUCCAGGACAUCCAGACAGCCCCACAGGAAUCAUUAACCCCAUCUCAUUCCUGUCAUACACGUGCAAAUUGGUUUUAUGAUGAAACUUUCCGAAGCUGCUGCUACCUGUGUCCCUCAGACUCUGUUAAAAAGAAAGCAUGUCCUAGCAACCCAGAUGAAGACUGCCUGAGGUGCGGACCUGAACAAUAUGUGGACAAAGAAUACCAAAAUCCACAAUGUGAGGCUUGUGUAUCAUGCGCAAAAGAACUUGACCUUGUGGAGAAGCAGCCCUGCACCUUCAAUUCCAGCCGCAUGUGUGAGUGCCGCCCAGGCCUUUUCUGCGAAACUGGUGUUAAGAACACCUGCAGUCGAUGCCGGAAGCACACUGUGUGCAAGCCUGGCUUUGGAGUCAAAGUCAGAGGCACCUCAACAAAUGAUGUUAUUUGUGAAGAAUGCCCUUCUGGGACUUUCUCUGAUGAAAACUCCAGCACUGACGUCUGCAAGCCUCACACAAACUGUGCCAAGUUAAACAAAGUGGCACAAAGCCAAGGAAAUGCCACACAUGAUCAGGUUUGCCUGGACCAAUUGCCCACCUACCUCACCCCAGGCACUUUGUCCAUGCGAUUCAUCAAUGAAACAAAUAACUCUGACCUAAGAAGUUUUGAGGAGAACCAGGUGACCAUUGCUAGUGUCCUUUUAAGUGCCACAACAACUGAAAACCCCAGUUCAACUCCUGAGGAGAAAGCUCUGGCUGGCACUUUUCCUACCUCAGCCAAGGGGGUGACAACAAUGAGAGGUGACAAAGGUCUAGCUCUUUGGGCAGUGGUUCUUUCUGUGAUAACACUACUUGUGGGCAUGCUGUUAGUUUGGAAAUGGAAGGGCUGCAAGAAGCGGAUCCUGAUCCUCAAAGGAAAAUCACGUCUGCAUUCCAUCACUUCACACAAAUCCAGCCUCAAAUCUCAAGGUUCUGAUCUAGUGAACAAAUGUGCAAAGAUCAUCCUGACUUCUGACAAUGGGCUGGAAGAAAAGGAGUUAAUUGACAGAAUCCUCCCUUUGGAAACCAACAAUAACUUGGUCUCCAGCACAGAAAAAGCAUAUAUUCCUGAUAUGAAUCUGACAGAUGUGACACAGAGCAAUGGAAAUGCCUCAGACUGCCCUAUUGAUUCUCGAGUGAGAGACCACACAAACAAUCGGAUUGACAAAAUAUACAUCAUGAAGGCCGACACUGUUAUUGUGGGGUCCAUUUCAGAAGUGCCCAGUGGCAAGAACUGUGCUGCUCGAGGAUGUGAAAGUAAUGUUGAUGCCCAGGAGAACAUGGAAGAGGAACUGGCAAUGCACUAUCCAGAGCAGGAAACGGAGUCUUUUCCAGGGAACGAUGUGAUGAUUCCUGUGGAAGAGGAGGGGAAGGAAUAUCAUCACCCCACCACUGCCACUGAGAAGUAAUAACCCUCUGAGCAGAUCUGUGAAGCUACAGAAACAUCCAGUGUGACACUAAGCCUGAAUCUUCGACAAAAAAAUGUAAACACAUUGUGCCUUAGGUUAUCUGAAAACUCAUGUUAAACACUGAAACAUGUUCAAGCAAGGAGUGCUGGAACCUAUUUCAUCUAACAGAGUGGAUCGUUCAAAUCAUUGGCCUUUACAGCUGACGUCAACUAUCCCUCUUUCCCUCUGUCUCCCAGUAUCACACUGGAACAAAUCAAAGCUACAAAAUUCAGAGGCCAUCUGGAUGCCAGCACAAGUUUCACAGCUUUGCUUUUCCUGCAUGAAGGAAUGGAUUGAAAACUAUGUCUGAUUACUUCUAUUAGCUAUGAAAAUUCUGGCCAGAAUUCCGAGUUAAGCUCGGGACCCAGCCACAUUUCAUGUCUUCUUUCUGUUCCACUAUUACCAGGACUUCCAAUUCUGCCAUAUUAUCUUGCAACUUCUGGUAUUUUUCUUAAAGGCUUCAACUCUUGAAUGAAAGAAAUGACAGUUUCAGUUUUCCCUAACACAACAGAACUCUUCAGUUUGUGGCCUUCAUGUUUCUUGAGGAAAUAGGAUCAAAAGGUGCCACACAGGCUCAGAAAACAGAAAGCAAAUAAAAUUAAUUGAAGGCUACUGUACUUCAGGCCAUUCUUUCUACCCUUUGGAGUCUGAUUCAUGUUUUUUUGACUACUUCAGAUCAUCAGUAAGUGUACAAAAUGCCUCUUCUGAUGGAAGUCAAACUGGCCGAACAUUUGGAUAUCGGAUGAACUAUUUAGCCCGGUGUGGAGUCUGCAAAAAGGGAAAAGAAGAAAAUAAACUGGUUUUCUGCAAAAAGGAAGGACUGAAAAACAGUCACAGUAGUUAUUUCCUAUAACAUGGUUAGUGUCUGCUUGUUUGGUAACUGUAAAUGUAAUAACGCUGACUAUGUUUUUGCACAGCACAAUGGAAAAUGAGCAAGAUGACGAAGUGGGCCUUAAUAAUCAAAAAAAAGGAACCACAAAACCAACUACUUGCUUUGUAGUUUUACCCUGGACAGGAUACUGUAAUAACAGCUGUGCAACUUCAGUGUCUUUUGUCUCAGAACACACAAAAGGAACAUAAGGGCAUAAAACCCACCUUCUUGGGCCAAACUAAUAGUACCAGCACGACAUUUUGUCUCUGACACUUGCAGUAAGAGAUGCUAUUUAGGAAGAGCACAUAAGCCUGGCUGAUGCCUGCUCUUUGUAUUCCUCCUAGUUCUGCAGCUUCAGCUGUAAUUGGAUUAAGGAUGUUUAAGACUUCGUCCCAGCCUUUAGAAUUGAUUCAUACUGCCAUUAUUUUUUCUUCCCGUACAACCCACCUCCACAAGCACUUGCGGCAACAUACG